AAAGAUGCGGAGAAGUUGCGGCUGGUUCUGUUGUGUGCGGGCUAAACAUUAUUAUAGAGAAAAGUAUAGGCUGCUGAAUGGGAUUAUUUGAGCGUUAUAUUCAUGUUAUCUGUCUCGUUUCAACUCCAGACUUUCCUUCGUUGGACGUGUUAGUUUAGCUAAUCGAGUUAGCAAGCAAGCUACUCUCCUCCUCAGUGAGAGGGGGCUAGAUGCAUCCGGAUGGCUUCAACUAUUGCUGACAAAGACGCAUGGCAUGAAGGUGACUAUUGUCUGGCUCCAAGCUCAAGACAUGGCAUCCUUAGAGAGGCUUCUAUCCAGAGACUGACUUCCACCUCUUCUAAUAAUGACACAGCAUGGGUGAAAUUCACCAAGGAUGGACAAGAGGAGGGGCAAGAAGAGGAAGCCAUACCCAUCUUAAAACUCAGGAAGCCUGACUUAAACCACAGUGCCCAGGAAAAACCUGUAUUUUCUGGCGGCACCAUUGAAUCAAGUCCCUGCAUCCCGUUAGAGCUGAAUGGUGAAGACAGAGUCCCUUAUACAAUCAACAGAUACCUUAGGGAUUACCAAAGGGAAGGUAUCAGGUUUAUUUACAACAACUACAUCAGAGCCAGUGGUUGUAUCCUAGGAGAUGACAUGGGCCUUGGAAAAACUGUGCAGGUCAUUGGUUUUGUUGGCGCUGUGUUGCACAAAACAGGCACAUGGGAGGACAUAGAGAAAAACAGGCCCCAGUUUCUGCAGAGUCAGUUACCCUCCAAGCAAAGUAGCCCCAGCAAAGUGUUUCUCAUUGUGGCUCCACUGUCAGUGCUUUACAACUGGAAAGACGAACUGGACACGUGGGGUUACUUCCAGUGUGUGGUGGUCCAUGGUCUGAAGAAAGAGGAAGAGCUAGCACGCAUCAAGAAGGGGCGCACAGAGAUUGCCCUCACCACCUAUGAAACUCUUCGUCUUUGUCUGGAUCAGUUUAAUAGGAUAGACUGGGCCGCUGUGGUUGUGGACGAGGCCCACAAAAUAAAAAAUCCAAGCUCUCAGAUCACGCAGGCCAUGAAGGAGCUGAGAUGUAAGGUCAGAAUUGGUCUCACUGGCACCAUCUUACAGAACAACCUAGAGGAACUGUGGUGUGUCAUGGACUGGGCCCGACCAGGUUCUCUUGGCAGCUUAGGACAUUUCAAAAACAAGUUCUCAGAUCCGAUUGAGCGAGGGCAGAGGCACAGUGCGACCAAACGUGCCCUGGCCACAGGGAGGAAGACGGUCCGAGCCCUGGCAAGGCUGAUUUCUCCUUGGUUUUUAAGGAGAACUAAAGGUCUCAUCACAGAACAACUGCCAAAGAAGGAUGACAGGGUGGUGUACUGCUCUCUGACGGACUUCCAGCAGACUGUGUACCAGGCAGUGCUGGACACUGAGGAUGUGACUUUGCUGCUGAGAUCUUCAGAGAAAUGUGACUGUGGCAGUGGAUCCACCCGCAGGGGCUGCUGCUAUAAAACAACCUCAGAAGGUGUUCAAAUGAAGGAUCUCUACUUUAGCUACCUGACCAUUUUGAGGAAGGUAGCCAACCAUACAGCUCUGCUUCAGUCUACGCCAGGAAUCAGCAAGAAACAGGAAAAGUAUGUGAAUUCCAUUUGUGCAAAGGUUUUUGAGAAAUUUCCAGACUUUAUGCACCGGUUGAAAACUGAAGCAUUUGAAGCCCUGUCAGAUCCAGUGUACAGUGGGAAAAUGAAGGUUUUGCAGAAGCUACUUAAAUACUAUCUACAAAAGAGGGACAAAAUUCUCAUCUUUUCUCUUUCAACUAAGCUGUUAGAUGUGCUGGAGAGCUACCUCAUGGCAGAGGGCCUGGACUUCUACAGGUUGGAUGGAUCCACAAAAUCCAGAGAGAGAGUCCAGAUUGUCAAAGACUUCAACAGCUCCUCCCACGUCAACCUCUGCCUGGUUUCUACUAUGGCGGGUGGGCUUGGUCUCAAUUUUGUUGGUGCUAAUGUGGUCGUGCUGUUUGACCCUACCUGGAACCCAGCCAAUGAUCUUCAGGCCAUCGACAGGGCAUAUCGUAUCGGCCAGUGUAGGGAUGUCACUGUUCUUAGGCUGAUUUCCCUGGGCACUGUGGAGGAGGUCAUCUACCUCAGACAAGUUUACAAACAGCAAUUGCAGUGCUCAGUUGUUGGCAAGGAGAGCUCUCGGCGGUAUUUUGAAGCAGUGCAGGGGCAUAGUGAUCAUAAAGGGGAGCUGUUUGGAAUCAAAAACCUUUUCAGGCUGCAGACCCAGGGGACAUGUCUCACCCGCACGAUUCUAGAGCGAGAAGGCCAAGUGGAGGCUGGUGUGAUGACAACAAGAACACGCCGGGAUGACGAGAAGGAGGAAAUCAAGGAAGAUGGCGAACCUGGAGAUUCGCUUUCAGAUGGCCCAAAUCCAAAAAAUGAAGCAGCCAAGAAGAACAGAGAUGCAGCAAAGACUCCCAAAGGUGUGCUGGACUUCAGCAGUGGGAGUGAAACGGACGAGGAGGCGCAGGGUCUUAAAAGCAAGGCCUCAGACCCAAAGACGGAUGAUGGCGACAGGAGACGGAAAGAUACCACGGGUCCUGGUCGAAUGAGUGUCCUUCAGCAAAGAUUCUCCAGACUCCUUGAAAGGGUCAAAGAGAGUCCAGACUUAGGAGAAGUGGACAGUAGUUCAGAGGUUGAUGGAAGCCCCUUUGAAGAGGAUCCAAAGAUGGUGGAGACCUCUAAUGGCCCCUCCUGUGCUGGAAACAGGGGUAAUAAAGAAAAGUCUCCUUUGUUAAAAGACGGAGACAAUGCGGCAUGGGUAGUUCCUCAAAUUUCAGUGGAUGACGAGAGUGACCAAAACUCUUCAAAAGAGGAAAGGAAAGCUAUUGAGCCCAAAGGAGUUGACAAAGUGCUUCAGUUUGGUUGCUCAGACGAGUCUGAGGAUUUUGACCUGGAGGCAGAAACGCAUUCCAAGAAAGAUUAUUUAAACGCUAAUAACAGAGGAGGAGACACACGAAGGGCAUCGGACCACUCCAGAAAGAGGCAAACAGCUAGUGCGAGGGGCAAAGCAAGAUCCAAAUACACUGAGGACAUAGAGACCUUUUCGUCUUCAGAGGAUGAACACACAACACCAGCAGCUGGCAAAACAGGGAGACGUGCAAGAGAACCAAAAGGAGUUUCAUUUACAGGUCUGAAAAGUCAGAGAUCAGCAGCAUCCAAGGAAAAGAAUGGAGCCAUUGACCGCGUGCUAGGAGGUGUACAGGAGGUGGUGUACACACACUCUAACCAGCGCGUGGUGGGAGGAAGCAAAGCAGAGGAUCUGAUCAGCAGAGCUGCUGUGCGGGACGUCUUCGAACGUAAAAUGUACUCGCAGCUCCCAGCCAACAACAUGCUCGGUACACAGGAGAGCCUUCCGGCAACCCUGGCUAACAGUCAGCCUCAACCUGCUCGAGUCCAGAUGCAGAGGCCAGAGGUGGAUCAUCCGGCCAUCUUCACCAGGAAGAGCGUGCACCACAAAGAGCACACCACUAUUAUCAUUGGAGAGACUCCGAAAGCCAUAUGCAGGCAACAGCUGGUGGAAAUGGCAGAAAAAUUCAAAUUUUCCUCAGUCCAUCAGUUUGCUGUUGAGAUUUUAAAAAGAAACUCGACUGAGCGACUUGCGUGGCUACGGCAGUAUUACACCUCUCUGAAUCACCCUGACCUGGCUAAUACUGUCACAGAAAACUUCAUUCUACCUCUUUCUGCACAAACCCCCGUCCCCGCAACGGCCGCAUCUUCACCGUCCACAAAACGUCAAACGGAAAACGAAAAUCAACAAAAGAACCCCUCGAAAUCCAGGAAAAGAGUGAAAUUCAGUAGGAUGAGUCCAGAGCCCAGAGCCAAAUGUGAAGCACCCCAGAAUAAUGUUCCUGUGCCACAAAUUACAUCUGGCAUCUCGCAAAAUGGUGUUAUUGAACCUCCCAAAACGAUAUCAGAAAAGAAUGUGCUGGAUCCUCUCCGUGAUGUUCCAGACUCUGAGUCAGAGGAGCAGGAGGAGACGGUCGGCCAGGCCAGAGGACGCAGGAGGACAAAGAGUGGUAGUGUUUCUGGUUCUGGAGCCUACAGAGCUGGUGGUGGUCUUGGCGUGAAUCCGGCCAGCAGCAGUGGUCUGGGGUCUGGGGAGGCUGCUGCUUUCCUGAACCGCACAGACAGAGAUACCCCUUCUUCUUCUGCCUUCAGCCAUUGCAGCUCCGUCACGUUGUCCAAACCCACAGCACAAGGACGGGACCGGGAGCAGAAACCUUCUGUGAGAGCUCUUGAAAGCUGGCACGGGCAGAGGGAGAAUUCUCCACUGCCCGCUACCUCCAGUAACCCCUGCUUCUUAACAGAGCUCAUAGGAGAUACAUCGAUUCUAGAUGAACUACAAAAACCAAAGCCCAAGAGUGGACAACAGAGGAGCCACCCGGAAACAGCCCCGCCAUCAUCAUCAUCAUCCAGAGAACCUUGUGAUUCUGGCUCAAGCUUACAUAGGGAAGCCCCGCACCAGGUCAGUGCUCCAGCACAGGCAAUUAAAGGCUCCCGCAAAGACAUCUGGGACAUCCUAAAUGAGGGUAAUGAGGAGAGUAUCAACAGAUUAACAGACCCAGAAGAAGUGCAGAGAAUCUGCAUCAACACAAACAUUGCAGCUAGAAAAAUGUCUGGACACAGUCAGAGCAAGAGUCUCUGGAAAACGAAUGACAAGUUCCUGUGGAAGAAAGAUGCAGACGGGGCCUUUUAGUGGAUUGUUAUUUCUUUUUAGAAUCAUCAAUCCUAAAGGAAAUUGAAAAGAAAAUACACAAUAAUUGUUUCAAUUGAAAAAAAUAUUUUAGUGAAUAUUGAGUGUUCACUCAGUAUGAAAAUGUUACUCAAAGAAUUAGCGGGAAGACCACUUUUUAAAUCCUUGCUUGUCCACGAUAUGCUCCCUUGCAUAUUCAUUUUUUUUCCUAAAGGCAAAAGAUUUUUUUUUUUUUUU